AUUUGUCAGCGGUGAGGGAGCUGGGCCACAAUGGUGUCCUUCUGUUUGGUGCCCCAGCAGGCUCCCCAGUUCUUUCCUGGCAACCACAGAAGCUUCACUUUAUUUUGUUUAAAGAGGCAGAGAGAUCCCAUAUGCAUUUGCGGGUUCACUCCCCAAGCGCCCACAGUGUCGAGGGCUGCGCCAGGCUGAAGCUGCCAGCUGGGAUCUCAAUCAUUGUCUCCCAUAUGGGUGGCAGGAACUCAGUUACUCGAGCCGUCACACCGCUGCCCAGGGUCUGCAUUGGCAGGAACUUGCUGUUCUGAGCCGGAGCCAGGUAUUGACCCCAGACACCCCAAACAGGACAUGCAUAUCUCUUUCUUGUAAGCUAUAUUUAUGUAUGUAUUUGAAAGGCAGAGAGUCAGAUAAAAGGGGAGAGGGAGAGAGAGCUUCCAUCUGAUAGUUGACUCCCUAGAUGCCCACAACAGCUGAAACUAGUCCAGGCCCAAGCCAGGAGCCCAGCUACCCUGGGCAUCCUCUGCUGGCCCCUGCCGCCGGAACCCUCAGGCUGUUUAGGUUUCUCUGCUGUUAUUGUUCACAUGGUCAGUGAUCCCUCCCCAAGGUAAUCCUUUCCCCUGCUGAAGCUCUGAAAACUUUCUCUCCUCCUAUUUGGUAUAGUUUAGUAUUCUCAAUUAACUGUGACUGAAACGCACCCGGGGCUUAAGAUAGAAAUGCCAUCACUCCUACCCUCAGGGAGCUCCCACCUGCCAAGCUUAAUCUCGGCACAGGAAUCAUCUCCAUGAUAAUGGCUGCCUUCAGAGGCCGGUGGUGAGGACUUGGAGGUGGGGUCUGAAGGGGAAGCUGAGGGAGAGGCAAGGGAGACUUUCCAAAGAGCUGGGAGGUGUGGUUCUCUGGAUCAGGGGGAUUUAGGGGUGAAGGAAGAUGGGGUGCUCUCUUGAUGGCAGGAGGGGAGAAGGAACUGCAUGAUCUGGGGACUACUGGGAAGUUGUUCCAGCCCAGUCCUGGAAUGGGCACAGGGAGUGGCUGGGAGGGACCCAACUGGGAGGAAGGGGAGAGUUCUUGGACCUUGCUGAAGGAUUUGGCCUCACUUUGUAGACAAAGGAAAGUAUUGAUAACAGAAUCAGAUUUGCUGCAGGGUGGAUCUGUGGGGGGCAAUUGGAGGGCUAAGCACCAAGGUGGAGGGUUGUCCCAAGAGUCUGAAAGCCAGAACCAAGGUGGAUGUGAUAGAGGACAGGAGUGACCUUGGGACUGGGAGCCAUGAAGGAGGGAGACCUCACUGGGUUUUGAUAUCUGAGAGUUAAGAUUAGAGGGGGGAAGGGAUCAGAGGAGUCUAGAACAAUUCCCAGGCAAAAACCCAACCACCUGGCUGUGUGGCAGCUGUUCAACAAUAGGUGGCACAGUUCUUAGAGGAUCUUUCUUUUUUUUUUUCAUUUUUGAUUGAUAUGCAAUACUUGUACUUUUUAAAGAUUUAUUUGUACUUUUGAAAGAGUCACAGAGAGAAGGAGAGACAGAGAGAGAGAGGGAAAGAGAUCUUCUAUCCACUUGUUCACUCCCCAAAUGGCCACAACAGUCAGGGCUGAACCAAGCCAAAGCCAGGAGCCAGGAGCUUAAUCCAGAUCUCCUAUGUGGGUGCAGAGCCCCAAACACUUGGGCCAACUUCUGCUGCUCUCCCAGGCUCAUUAGCAGGGAGCUGGAUCAGAAGUGAAGCAGGGCCCGGCACUGUGGUGUAGGGGGUUAAGCUGCUGCUUGUGGCCCUGGCAUCCCAUAUGGGCUCUCUCUAUGUGACACUGACUUUCAAAUAAAUAAAUAAAUCUUAAAAAAAAAAAAAAAAAGUGGAGCAGCAGGAACUUGAAGUGGCAACCAUACAGAAUGCUGGCACCACAGAUGUGGCUUAACCCACUGUGCCACAUUGCCGGACCCUACUUGUCCAUCUGUUAUGAGGCUCAGUGCUAUACUUCAAUACAUACAAACAGUGUAACCUGAUUAAGUCGGGCAUCCAACUGUUCCAUGUCUUCCUCUGACUACCAGUUCUUUCCUUUUUUUUUUUUUUUUUUUAAAGAUUUAUUUAUUUUACUUGAAAGUCACAGUUACACAGAGAGAAGAGGCAGAGAGAGAGUCUUCCAUCCGCUGGUUCACUCCCCAGCUGGCCCCAAUGGCCAGAGCUGCGCUGAUCUGUAGCCAGGAGCCAGGAGCUAUCUCCACGUCUCCCAUGUGGGUGCAGGGGCCCCAGGACUUGGGCCACCCUCCACUGCCCCCAGGCUACAACCGAGAGCUGGACUGGAAAUGGAGCAGCUGGGUCUUGAACCAGCACCCUGAUGGGAUGCUGGUGCUUCAGGCCAGGGCAUUAACCUGCUGCAUCACAAUGCCAGCCCCUGUUGUGGUUUUUUUUUUUUUUUUUUUUUUAAGAUUAUUUGAAAGGCAGAGCCACAGAGAAAGAAACUUCCAUCUGCUCAUUCACUCCCCAAUUGCCCACAACAGCUGGGGCUGGAUCAGGCAGAAGCCAGGGCCUAGAACUCCAUCUGAGUCACCCUCAUGGGUGGCAGGGACCCAAGCACUUGGGCCAUUUGCUGCUUCUCUCCCAGGUGCAUUGGCAGAGAGCUGAAUCAGAAGCUGAGUAGGCGAGACUUGAACCAGCAUGGUGAUAAGGGAUGCUAGAGGCGCAAACAGUAGCUUAUUCUGCUGCAUCCUUACAGCCAGUUCUUUUUUAUGUGAAAGAUUUUAUUUAUGGAACCAGCACUGUGACUUAACAGGUAAGGCCACUGCCUGUAAUGCCAGCAUCCCAUAUGGGCGCUGGUUCGAUUCCCAGCUGCUCCACUUCUGAUCCAGCUCUCUGCUAAUGCACCUGGGAAAGCAGUAGAAGAUGGCCCAAGUGCUUAGGCCCCUAUACCUGCAUGGGAGACCCGGAAUAAGUUCCUGGCUCUUGGCUUCAGAUGGGCCCAUUUCCGGCCAUUGUGGCCAUUUGGUGAGUGAACCAGCAGAUGGAAGACCUUUCUCUCUGACUCUUCCUCUCUAUAACUCUACCUCUCAAACAAAUAAUAUAUAUAUAUAUAAUAAACGAAAUGAAAAAAUGAUGCAGUCCGGACUCGAACCUGUGUUCCACAGCUUAACCUGUUGUGCCACAACCCCAGCCAGGAAAAAAAAAGGAAAAAAAAAAAGUGCUGAUGUCCCACAUCAGUGGGCCUGGGUUCUACUUUGAGCUCAGGCUCCUAACUCAAACUUCUGGCCAGUGUGGCCACUGGAGGCAGUGGACAUGACCCUCGUGGAAGGAUUGCAUUCUGCCUCCCAGCUUCAGCGCAGCCUUGCCUUUGAGGGCAUAUGGGGAGUGAGCCAGUGGGUGGGAGUGCCCUCUCUCUUUGCCUCUGUAAUAAAUAACAAGGAAAUUUUUAAGAGGGAAAAACAGCUUUUUUCAGUCUUGGACAUUGGGAGCCCCGCAAGGGGCUUUGGGACGGGACCUCGGCCUGCAUAAUGUGAGUGCAGUUUAUAGGAGUGUGUUUACUUUGGAAUUUCCUGGCUGCUCCGUAUGAAUGGUACAUUUCAGUGAAAUGUUUUCAUUAUAAAAAAAAGAAAAGAAACCUUCCCUGGAGGCCACUUUCUCUGCCAGCUGUUCCCCUCCCCUUCCCAGGAAAACUCAGAAAACUCUCUUACUUUUCUCUUCAUUUUCUCUUGAGCCCAUGACACUCAGCCUCCCCAUCUAGAAGCAGCUUUUGUCGGGUUCUCCAGGAACCCUCAUUUGCCGCCUCCUGCGGCCAUUUGCAGUCCCCUCUUGCUCCGCCCAGCCCGGCAGCUGCCUGCACUUGCCCACUCCCUUCUAAAAACACUUCCAGGGCCUCCUCUGCCAGCUUUUCCUCCUCUUGCCAGGUGCUCCUAAAACGGGUACUAAAAAGGUGCCGUUGGCCCCCAAGGUGUGGGAUCCAGGAGUGGAGGGGGAGAACAGCCCUGGGCUUCCUGGAGAAGCAGGGAGCUCCCCUGGGGCCUUCCGGCCUCUUGUUUCCUGCAGCAGCCUGCAGCCUGGCUCAGAGCCACAGGAGAAGGAUUUGUGAGAGAAUGGAAACCAAGGCUAUCAGUGUUAUCCUGGAAGCCGCGGGGUGAGCGAGGGCCUCAGAGAGGUCUUCAUUCUCCCCUGACCUGUGGCUGGGAGCGGUGAGGGCUUCUCUAGGGUCCCUCUUCUCUUCUGGAAGGCAGAGAACAUUUUCUUCUGCUCUUCCCUUUCCCUCCGUUGGUGUAGCACCCAGGGAGGCCACCAGAGGGCACACUUUGGGAAAGGGUGGAAGAGAUAUCUCGGCAGAAAGGGGCUUGAGCUGAAAGCUGAGCACGUGUGUGAGAAACCCAGUGCACCCCGAUUUCUAAGGCUCUGUUCCAGGACCAUGGGUAGGUGGGACCUGCUCCGGGCUCGGACACGCACCCCUGUGUUAGUCUCAGUGGCCUUUUAUCUUAUGGGCUGCCUCUUUUUUUUUUUUUUUUAAGAUUUAUUUUAGGGGGCCUGCGUUGUGGUACAGCAGGUUAAACUGCUGCCUGCAGCACUGGCAUCCCAUAUGGGUGCCGGCACAAGUCCCGGCUGCUCCACUUCCGAUCCAGCUCCUUGCUAAAGGUCUGGGAAAGCAGCGGAAGAUGGCCCAAGUCUUUGGGCCCCUGCACCCACAUGGGAGACCUGGAUGAAAGUCCUGGCUCCUGGUUUCUGCCUGGCUCACCCUUGGCCAAUGUGGCCAUUUUGGUAGUGAACCAGCAGAUGGAAGAGCCCUCUCUGUCUCUCCUGCUUCUCUGUAACUUUCAAAUAAAUAAAUAAAUCUUUUUAAAAAUUAUUUAUUUCAAAGGCGGAGUUACAGAGAGGGAAGGAGAGAGUCCAUCCACUGCUUCACUCCCCAGAUGGCCACCUGGAAUUCCAUCUGAGUCUCCCACAUGGGUGUUAAAGGCCCAAGCACUUGGGCCAUCCUCUGGAGCUUUCCCAGGUGCUGCUUAGCAGGGAGCUGGAUCAGAAGCCGGGCCGCUGGACUCAAACCAGUACUCCUAUGGGAUGCUGGAGGCCCAGGCAGCCGCUUAACCCUCUGUGCUCCAACGCCAGCCCCUCGGUGGUCAUGUCUUCACCACUCUGGGUCUCAGUGUCACCCCUCCAGAAAAUGAGAGGGACACCUCACCCCUACCCCACCCCUCAAAUCAGUCUGCCACACAGCAGCCUUUGCAAGAACUAUCAACCUGUUUUGGAAGUUUGGAAUAAAGUGUGCUGGAGAAAUGUGAGGAUCUCUGCUCCUCACUGUCGCCCAGCCUCCUCUUUUGCUAAUGGAACAAUAACACUACACUUAUAUAUACCACUGCCAGCAAAUAUCCAGCGCUAGGCAUUCUGGGAUAGGUAAUUUCCCAGCGGGCAGGGCUGAUGAGGUCUGAAGUUGGCCAGAGGCAGUGGAUAACAAAUGGAGGCCACUGGGGCAAUAGGGAGCCAUAAGAGGUUCUGGGGCAGAGACUUCAUGGCAAAAGGCUGCAUUUUCUUGUGACGUUCCCUGGGCUCCUGACUCUGGAAGUCAGAGGCCUUGGGCCACAGCCAAGCCUUCCUUAUAGCUGUACCUGGAUGCUGUGCCCCUCGCAGAAUAUACUCAGGGGCAGGUAUGGUGGGAUGAAUCACUAUAUUCUUAAAGUUGUACUUAGGAAAUUUGUACUCAUUAAAUAAAAGAUUUCUUUGGGAAAAAAAAAUAUUUCACUGCCCUGUCCCCGCCUUUCUCAAUGGCUGGGUGGGGCCCUGGCAGGUGAAAUGGUUCCUGGGCCCCUGCUGUCCUAGUUGAGUUAGAGCCUCUUGCACCAUCCAGCUGAUAACUGGUUGACCAAGGCCACAUGAUGCAAGGUGCUGGGAGGGGAGGAUGUGCGGAAGGCGGGGGGCUGACAGUCAUGGCUUCCAGGACCUGUCCCUUUCUGGCCCUGAGCAAUGGCUGCCCAAGAAGGAGUUGGGGCUAGUCCUGUUCCAAUCCUCUGAGCCUGAGAUCCAGACUCUAAGGCAUGCCCAAGCCUUCUGGAAAGUUUGCUUGCUCUCUGGAAAGGGGGACAAAUCAGUGUUUUGAGGAAAUAAGUGUUAAUCAGAGUGAAACAGUGUCCUAUCUGUAGCAUUGCUCAGGGCCUUCAGUAAUUUGUGGGAACCAGUGUGUGGCUCAGUGAGUUAAGCUACCAUCUGCAACACCAGCAUCCUAUAGGAGUGCCAGUUCAAGUCCCAGCUGCUCUGCUUCUGAUCCAGUUCCCUGCUAAUGUGCCUGGGAGAGCAGUAGAAAAUGGCUCAAUUACUUGGGCCCCUGUUACCCUGGGAGAUCCAGAUGGAAUUCCAGGCUCCUGGCUUAGCCUGGCCCAGCUUUGGCUGUUUCCAGCCAUUUGGGAAGUGAACCAGUGGAUGGAAGAUCUCUUUCUUUCUCUCUCUCUUGCUGUGCCUUUCAAAUAAAUAAUUUUUUUUAAGAUAAGCACAUAAAGAAAAUUGUGUAUUGUGAAUCUCUAAGAAGCCAGGGAGGUUUUAUAGAUUUGUUUGAAUGAGGAACCCUUUGCAUAGAGAAUUUUGUCUGAGUUUGAUUCUCAAUGCCAGCUUCCUGCUAAGGCAGACCCUGGGAAGCAGAGGUGAUGGAUGGCUCAAGUAAUUGGGUUCCUGCCACCCAUGGUUCCCUAUUUCAGGUCCCAUCCAACUCUGGCUGUUGCAAGCAUUUCGGAGUGAAUCAGCAGAGGGAGUUCUCUCUCUGUCUCUCAUCCUCUGCAGUAAAUGAACAUUUCAAAUGAUAGAAUUAUUUAUGAUCUCUUGCAUCUGGCUUCUCUCAUAAUCCAGCGUGUAUGCGGUUCAUGUGUGUCAUAUAUGUGCAUAUGUCAUGGCUCUUCAUGGGUGAGCAGCAUCCAUUGCAUGCAUAUACUACAAUUUGACCUGUUGAUGGACAUUUUCUUUGUUCUUGGAUUUUGACUACUGUGAAUAAAGUUAUAAUGCAUAUUUAAAAAAAAGAUUUAUUUAUUUUAAAGACAGGGUGACAGAAAAAGGAAGUGAGGACAGUGAAAGGAAAGAUAUUUUCCAUCCACUACUUUACCCCCAAAUGCCCUCAACAGCCAAGGCUAGGCCAGGCCAAAGCCGGGAACCAGGAGCCAGGAACUCCAUCCAGACUCCUAACUGUGUGGCAGGAAGCCAGGUACUUGGAACAUUAUCUGCUGCCUCCCAAGCUCAGUAGCAGGAAGCUGGAAAGAAAGUGCAGCAUUGCCAUGACUUGAACCAACAUGGGUGUUCCAAGCAGUGGCUUAACCUGCUGUACCACAGUGCUGGCCCCACUAUGCACAUUCUUGUACACAUUUGUGUGUAUGUGCGUGUGUGGAGGUAGCCUUUCAUUUCUUGACACUAAACACCUAGGAAUGUAAUUUAUUUUUCCCCUAAUAUUUAUUUAUUUGGUUUUUUUUUUGUUUAUUUAUUUAUUUUUGACAGGCAGAGUGGACAGUGAGAGAGACAGACAGACAGAGAGAAAGGUCUUCCUUUGCCGUUGGUUCACCCUCCAAUGGCCGCCGCGGCCGGUGUGCUGCAGCUGGUGCACCGCGCUGAUCCGAAGGCAGGAGCCAGGUGCUUCUCCUGGUCUCCCAUGGGGUGCAGGGCCCAAGCACUUGGGCCAUCCUCCACUGCACUCCCUGGCCACAGCAGAGAGCAGGCCUGGAAGAGGGGCAACCAGGAAAGAAUCCGGUGCCCUGAUCAGGACUAGAACCUGGUGUGCCGGUGCCGCAAGGCGGAGGAUUAGCCUACUGAACCGCGGCGCCGGCCUUCCCCUAAUAUUUAUUUAUUUGAAAGAGCAACAGAGAGAGAGAGAGAGAGAGAGAGAGAGAGAGAGUUUUCAUCUGCUGCUUUACUCCUCGCUGCAAUGGCUGGGGCAGGGCCUCCAUCCAGGUCUCUAGCAUGAGUGGCAGUGUCCCUCAGGGAGUAACCAUGCCUCCUCCAGUCCUCUGUGCAGCUGUCUCCAGGAAAGGGGUGUCCUCUGGCUGGGCGCCUCAACAGUUGCUCCCAGAGAUCGGUCUGGCCAGAGUCAAGUGAGGCCUGGUUUUGUUGCACUUCAGUGAGCUGGUCUCAUUGGUUACCCCAUAGUGAUUCCCAUGGGUCACUUUGACAAGCUCUUCUGAUUGUCCUUGAGCCUCUUCAGGGCUGGGUUACCUGGGCUGAGAACUGACAAGAGCUCUGAGUUAAGAUUCUGAGUGGCUGCUCUGAGCACAGGGGAACUGUGGCUGGCUUCUGGCAGGACGCACCAGGUGUGGGGCUAGUGGGGAUUUUGGCCAACCCAGACAACAAGAGCCAAAGGCAGCAGAAGUGCUCUCUCUCUCUCUUUUUUUUUUUUUUUUUGACAGGCAGAGUAGACAGUGACAGAGAGACAGACAGAGAGAAAGGUCUUCCUUUUGCCGUUGGUUCACCCUCCAAUGGCCGCUGCGGCCGGCGCAUUGCGUGCUGAUCCAAAGCCAGGAGCCAGGUGCUUCUCCUGGUCUCCCAUGGGGUGCAGGGCCCAAGGACUUGGGCCAUCCUCCACUGCACUCCCUGGCCAUAGCAGAGAGCUAGCCUGGAAGAGGGACAACCAGGACAGAAUCUGGCGCCCUGACCGGGACUAGAACCAGGUGUGCCGGCGCCGCAAGGCAGAGGAUUAGCCUAGUGAGCCAUGGUGCCGGCCCAGAAGUGCUCUCUUGACCCACACCUACCUCCAGAGAGGGGGUGGCUCUUCUGCAGAUUGAUCCCCUUUUCUCUGUCCUGAGAACUUGUUCCUGGGCUUCCAGGAGCCUGUCCUCCCCCCACUGCACCCCACCUGCCUGCUGCCCUCCAGAGGGCAUUGAGCAUUUCCUGCUGGUGAAAGAAUGCCUGUGGAUUGGACACGAUAGCCCCUUACACAUGCUGAGAACUCCAGUGAAGGCCCCGCUGCAGGCAGCUGUCAGGGUGUAGGUCCAGGGAUGCAGUGGCCAUCUGGUCUGUCAGCCUUCUGAGACUGGAGCUGCUGGGGCUGGGGUCCCCAGAGCCCACCUGCAACCCAGAUCUGAGCUAUGAUGAAGUCCUGGCGUUGGCCCUCACUAUUGUCAACAAAGGGUCCUCUAAGAACUUGCAGCUCCUCUCAGCAGGAUGUAGCUAAGCAGGUGAAUUGGGCUGGGUGGGAGGUAGUGAAAGAGAGCCAGGGAAGCUGUGUGGGGUGGGUGUGUAAGGACAAUGGGAGGACAGCAAGGGCCCUUCCUGAGUGGGGCACCCAAAGGCUGGAGGCCACUGGUGUUGUCCCCAGCAAGCCCACAGUGGGGCCUUGGAUCAGGCCAAGGAAAUCACAGAGAAGCCAGGCCUGGGGAGCAGCAGGGAGCAAGGUGUUCGUUUCAACUGAUGGCUCCCUAGGUGGGGGUGGGGGUGGCAGAAACAAGGAAGGUGUCAUGGGUACUCCCAGAUUCUUUGCAGGUUUACAAGGGAGUUAUUAGAAGAUGUGGAUGGACUCUUCCUGCCCGGGGCACAGCGCUGCUGGUCCAGCCCAGGUGUGCCCAGUGGUGUCAAGGGCGGCCUUCUACAUGUAUGACUCCUUGUUAGGAUAACAGCACCAAGCAGCACAUGUGUGAUGAUGCAGCACAGCCAAGUGAAGAACUCUGGUACUCUGAAUUUUCCCUGGGGGUGCCCUUGGUGACCAGGUGAUUCCAAUGGACCAGCAAGGAUGGGAACCCUCUGCCCUGGGGAGAACAGAGCUCAAGGCCCAGGUCACCAGGAAGAGCAGUGGCUCAGCAAGGACUCAUGCUUUCCUAGUCUGUGUUUUCAGACUCUCAGCAGACUGCUCAGGGCUGGGAGCAGCAAGAAGCCCCUGAGGGGACUUUAUUCUGACUUCUGGACCCUGUCCCUCUGCCCUCUGCUGCUUCUCUGGAAGCUGCUCACCUCUCCAGACUUCUGAGAUUGACAGCUGACCAUCACACGGAGGCCCUCAUCAACAGGCUUGGCAUGCCCCCAGCAUGUCUUCUCUUUCUGUAGGGGAGAAGAACAAGGUCACACGAUGGCCACUGACUCAGGAGGCCCCAGAGAGGCAUAGAACCAGGAAACACCAAAGUCCUGGUGCAGGUGUAGCCAAAGAAGGGAAGCAGCCAUUCACCCUCCAUGCAGAGCUGGACCUUACCCCAUUGUCCUUGAAGGGACACUGCUCAAGGCUGAGGUUCUUCUUUCUGCACUCUGUCUCUCUGAUGGUGAAGAUCACUAACUGUGGAUCUGAAAACGUUGGGUCCUGUCGAGCAUAGGAGACAAUAGGAAUGCCAGCCGUGUUUCUGAUGGAAACCCAGAGAACACCCAGGCCAUCCCACGGCACACGGGGAAGUCAGAGCCUGGAUAGAUCCCUGCCACCAUCCACCAACUUUCAACUGAGGUCCAGCUAAAGCAGAUUGGCAAUGACCACAGCACCAAGAAUGACAGAGCAGGACCUUGAAGCUUGCAUCCCUGUGUCUGGGGCCAUUCCUGUUUGCCGUAUCACCUAUCACGCCUGCUGGAAAAAUUUUCAGAAAACUGCAAAGCACUGCUCAGCGAAAUGGUUGCUGCAAUCAAGUGAGAUGGAGAAACUGAGGCACAGAGAGAUUGCUGCAGAGAGCAGCCGUGCAGUGCUGCAAGUCCGCUUGUCCCCUGUGAAAGAUGAGAAGACUGAGGUGCAGCAUGGAUACACAGCCAUCGCCCAGGACCUCACCUACCGGGAGGCUGUGCUCCGCGCUGUGGAUGCCUUCAACCAGCAGUCCUCAGAGGCCAACCUCUACCGCCUCCUGAGCAUGGACCCCCAGCAGCUGGAGGAUGCGAAGCCAUACACCCCGCAGCCUGUGAGCUUUACGGUGAAGGAGACGGAGUGCCCCCGGACAACAUGGAAGCUACCAGAGCAGUGUGACUUCAAGGAAGAUGGGCUGGUGAAGCGGUGUGUGGGGACUGUGACACGGUACCAGGCCUGGGACUCCUUUGACAUCCGCUGCAACAGGGCCCAAGAGUCCCCAGAACCUACUGGGCUGCGCAAGCGCUUACGAAAAUUUAGAAACAAGAUUAAAGAAAAGCUUAAAAAAAUUGGUCAGAAAAUCCAGGGUUUGCUGCCGAAACUUGCACCCAGGACAGAUUACUAGGGUCUGCCCUGCCCUGGACUCUGAAAAAUAAACUGUGUGAAAGCAA